AUGUCGCCGGCCGACAUUGACAAUUCGUUGCGCUUUGUUGCCAUCAACGUCCAGGCCAACUUUGCAACUGACAACCUGCCCGAGUUUUUCCGGCGCAUGGUGGAGCUCAACAAGAUCUGGCUCUAUGAUGAGACCAACAUGCGACUCUUGAACCCUCACACAAUGCCCACCAACAUUACCCACCUCGUCAACAACCCGUACCGCUCCCUCGCAUGGGCAGUGCGCAACAACGCUGGCUACGGCAAGACGGAUGAGUCUUUUGCGGACUUUGUCUGGGCUCGCUUCUUCGCCUCGUACAACUUGCUGCCCAAGCCCAACAGCACGGGCGCCGCCAAUCCAUCCUACUGCGAUCUCAACCCCUAUAACAUUGCCUUUUGCUAUCCCCGCGAUGCCGAGUACAUUGGUGCUGGUAAGCCUGAAUUGUUCUGGUUCUCUUACUCUUGGUAA